AGUCAUAUUCGCAAUUGCAGUAUCCUUGAUUCUGUUUACUCUUCUGCAUUUCGAAAUAUGAAUGUUGAUCCACUCGCCGUCUAUUUUGUUACAUCAGGAGCUGCAGGAAAUGCAUUGUUAUUUAAAUAUCCUCAUGAAAAUGAAAAAGAAGAGUGUUUCGAAGUGUUGGAAGAAACAGAGAAUAUAGACUAUGAAAAUUGCGAAUUACCAGUAUCAUUAUUUGAUGACUUUAGAAUAGAAAGAUAUAAACAAUUUUUAAUACUUAAAGAUUGUUUAAAACAAGUUAACGAUCCAAACAGGCUUAAAUCUGCCUCCAAUUUAAGACAAGGCAGAACAGUGGACAUUGAGGACAUUACAAUUGAACACCUUCUAGCUGUCAAUAAUUUAUUAUGCAACAAUAAAUUUGAGCUUAAAAUAAGUGAUGUCAUAUUUGUUGGUUUUCCUAUUCUUGCAUUGCCGGAACACUCAACGAGGAAGGAUUCUACAAGUCUGAUGUCUUUUCACAUAGCAUUUGCCUUGAAUGGAAAUUCGUCUAGUCACAUAAUUGAAUUAUAUCAGGAACUUUCUAGGAGAUUAGCAGUAUCUUUGCGAUUUGAACAAGAACGUUGUAAUUAUUUAUCAGAUCAAAAAAAUUUAAUAUGGGCAAUAAGAGACGAAAUAGACAAUGUACCAGAAGAUCAAAGAGAGUGUCCUUUUAGACUAAUCCUGCAGGAUGACAAAUGUACAAUUGCACUUCUUCUUCGGGAGGUUUAUUUAGGCCUAUGCAACACCGGAAUAGUUGAAGUGAGAGUGAAUAAUCUAGUUCGUGUUAGUUUUUGUAUUCCAGAAAAAGUUCAUAAUCCAUCACAACAAAACUUUGUUAUUUCGUUUUCACAAAUUGAACGACAUAUAAAUUCAAUUAGACCUUAUCAUAGUUUUAUUAUUACUGAGAAGAAAGAAGACCUUUUACAAAAGUUACAACCUGAAGCAAAUCCAAAUUUAGUACGAAUUAUCAAAGUUGCAAAUGUUACUAAAAGUUUACCUGAAUUAGCAAAUUUAGCUGAUUUACCUAUUCAACAUGUUUUCGAUUCUGUAGCUCAUCUAGUUUAUUGGGGCAAGGCUUUAGUUAUUUAUCCCCUUUGCGAACAUAAUGUUUAUUGCGUUUCUCCAUCUGCAGAUUGUAGACCAAAUUCAACUUUAGCUGAUUCAUUUUUUGAUGAAUGCAAACGUAAAUUACCCGAUGUUCUUUCGCAAUUCUCCUUACCAACUCGAGUCGGUGACUUAUUCAGCGUAUUUAAUAAACGUCAACAAAAAAUGCAAAUAACAGAGAUAAUCAAAUGGUUGUUAAGGCAUAAACAAAUAAUUCAACAUCACACUUAUGUUUAUUUGGAGAAAUAUGAUGAAAAACCAAAAACAAAUCCAAUUUCUAUAGAAGUUAACGAUUCGAUUAAUGAAGAAUUAAAUAAAUAUCCAGAUAUUAAAGAUAUAUUACAAAGCUGUCCUGCUGCACAAAAUGAAGAGGAUCUAAAAUUAUUUCUUUCGAUAGUACCACAUCUGAAUGGUGAACAUCAUAUAGAAGAUAUAAUGUAUAGAGAAAAUAUGAAAAGAUCAACAAUUCUAACAAUACUAGACAAGUUUAGAGAUGUAGUUUGUGUGAAUGAAAGAGAAGACGCCGGAAUUUCGUAUUGGAUAAGUUAA